AUGGCGCAACUUGAAACGCUUGUUCACCGCCGCGGAUUGGCCAAAGGUAAGGUGACCAAGAUUUAUAAUACCAUUAUACCACAAGAAGCAGAGGAAGUUCCCGUGCUAAGCCAAGCCCAGAUCAAAGUCUUCACCAAGAAGCUUGAUUCUGUUAGAAGAGAGUAUGAAGAUUUGCACGAGAAGAUUUUGUCCUUAGUGUCCGCCGAGGACAUGACUAAUCAUGAUGGGCAUUUUGAAGACUUCGACAAGCUUUGUGACACGGUUGCCAUCAUGCUAGAAGAACGUGCUGAAAUGCAAACUAUUCCAAUCCAGGCAGUCGUUGCACGACAAAACGCUUCUGCUCCUUUAGUAGUGCACCAACCUCUUAGAAUGCCAAUCCCAACAUUCGAUGGAAGGUAUGAGAGCUGGCCUAAAUUCAAGGCCAUGUUCUUAGAUCUGGUCGACAAGGCCCCCGACCCACCAGCUGUAAAACUAUACCAUCUUGAUAAAGCAUUAGUGGGUAGUGCAGCUGGCUUGAUAGAUGCAAAGACCAUCAAUGAAGGUAACUACGCCCACGCGUGGGAAAUUCUUGAGGAAAGGUACGAAAACAAGCGCCACGCAAUCGAUGCACACAUCAAUGGAUUAUUGCACCUAACCAAGAUGACCAAGAAAAAACCAUGUCGAGCUCCGAAAUUUGGAGUGUCUGAGCAGAUCGUAGUUCAUCUGCUUGCAGCAGCAUUGGAUAAAGAUACCAGAAGGCGUUGGGAGUCGACCGUCAAGCAUGGCGAACUUCCAGGAUAUGACAUCAUGCUGAAAUUCCUGAAAGAUCAGUGUUUCGUUUUAGAAAGAUGCGAAUAUACCAACCCUAAACAGACGCAAUAUCAGAUCAAGCAAACCGUCACAUCGAAUAAGACAUUUGCUAAGUCCCACGCAACCGUGGCUUCAUCAGAAAACGAGCUUCAAUGUGAUUUCUGUGGUAAAGGUCACCAGAAUUACACGUGUCCUGAGUUUAAGGCUCUAACAACGCAGCAAAGGCUGGCCAAAGUUCGAGAACGGAACGUCUGUUUCAACUGCAUGAGAAAGGGACAUCGUAGCAGCAAGUGCCCAUCCGACAAAACCUGCUUUAAGUGCAAACGACGACAUCACAGUCUUAUUCACUUCGAGGAGAAGAAAAAUCCGCCUGUAGAAGAAAGGAAACCGAUGAGUGAAUCCGAAUCUGUCCAGACCAAAAAUACACCAGAGAAAGUAGAUCAACCAGUGCAACUGACUACUGCAUCCUGUUCCAAUGAAUUUUCAAUGCAGUCCGUUCUGCUUCUUACCGCCGUGGUAGAAGUCAUGGACAGACACUACAAGCCCCACCAGUGUAGAAUCUUGUUGGAUAGCGCAUCCCAAGCCAAUCUCAUUUCUCGAUCAAUGAUGAACAAGUUAGGAUUAAAGGAGCUUCCGUCGAAUGUCACCGUAAAGGGUGUAAAUUGUACCAGUACUCAUUCAUCGACUAGCAACGUGGUAGAGAUCCGAUCCUACUACUCCGACUUCCGAGCCAGCGUUCAAUGCUUAGUGACUGAUAGAGUGACAGCAAGUUUACCCUCGUCAAGCUUCGAUGUCAGCAACUGGAUUCUUCCAGCAGGUGUUAAAUUAGCCGACCCGACUUUCAAUCAAUCUGGCGAAAUCGACAUGCUAAUUGGAAGCCAAUGGUUCCUGAAGCUGCUGCUCCCCGGGGAGAUAUCGUUGACUGAAAAUCUCCCAAUCCUCAAGGAGACUCAGUUUGGCUGGGUCAUAGGUGGUAGUUACAUGGGAAAUACGACAUCCGAGAUGGUUAUUUAUUCCCAUUCCGUAACCGUCGACGAUUUGGAUAAGCUGAUUCGUCGAUUCUGGGAGUUAGAAGAAAUUUCCAGUCCAAACCAAAGAUCCAGUGAAGAAAUAGAAUGUGAGCAACAUUUCAUGUCCACCCAUCGACGAGAUGCAUCUGGGAGAUAUGCGGUGCAGCUUCCACUCAAAGAGUGUUCCAGCAAGCUUGGUGAUUCCAGAGUUAUGGCACUUCGACGAAUUUACGCUUUAGAAGGAAGGUUGACCAAACAUCCGGAUCUGCAGCGACAAUAUAUUGAAUUUAUGACGGAAUAUGAAGAACUUGGACACUGCAAGGAGGUGUUUGAAUGCCACGAUAAGCCUGAUAUCAACAAGUGGUACCUACCGCAUCAUGCUGUAAUCCGUCCGUCGAAUACCACUACAAAGUGCCGUGUUGUAUUCGAUGCCUCUGCAAAGAUUUCUGGUCUGUCCUUGAAUGACGUCAUGAAAGUAGGUGCUAUUACCCAAAGUGAUUUGCAAUCGAUCGUCUUGCGCUUCCGCAAGCCUCGUUAUGUGAUGACUACGGACGUAGAGAAAAUGUACAGACAGGUGGUUGUGGACAACUGUCACUCUCCUUUGCAACGAGUAUUCUGGCGAAAGGAUUCAUCUGCUCCCAUCCGUGUUUUAGAAUUGACAACCGUCACCUACGGUACUUCUUGUGCUCCUUUCCUAGCAACUAGAGCACUCAACCAACUUGCCAUCGACGAGAAAGAAAAAUUCCCAAUGGCAUCUGAAGUAGUCGAAAGGAGCUUUUACGUCGACAAUGCUCUGUUUGGCUAUGAUGAAAUAUCUCAAGCAUACGAAGCCCAAAUACAGUUGAUUCAAUUGCUCAAGGCGGGUGGGUUCCACUUGCAUAAAUGGUCAUCGAAUAGUUUGGAGCUGUUAGGUGCCAUUCCUGAAGCGGACCGAGAGCAGCUGGUCAGCUUUGCACAAUCGGGAGCGAAUGAAGUAAUAAGCAUGCUGGGAUUGAUGUGGGACCCUACGACUGACGAAUUGCUAUUCGUGUCUAUGCCCUCCUGUGACAUCACGAUACCAACCAAACGACAAGUCCUAUCGCUUAUUGCUAGAAUGAAAAUUUGUGAUGCAGCUAACCUGGAAGGAAGACAUCGAUUGGGAUGA